GCAACAACAACAGCGGCAACAGCAACAACAGACAGUGCAACGCAGCAGCAACGGCAGCAACAUCUUUGCCCGCAACCUUGAAUGUUGUGCGCUCCAACACGCCACCAUUGCCGCCAUUGCCAACUUCCUUUGUAGCGAUCAAGUGCGGCCGCAACAACGAACCCACCACCACCACCAACAGUCACACUGGUCUUCAUAAAUUCAAUCACACAGACAGACCCGCACCCCUGCCACACCCACUUACACUUGAAUCGCCUAACAACACAAUGACCACCACCAGCACACUGGGCUAUUUAGCACAUCACGGCCAUCAUUCCACUAUUCUGCCAAACGCCACAUCGGUAUCCGCCGCAGCCGCAUUGUCGCCAACCAUCUGCUCAACGUCGUUAUCCACUUUUCAACCGGUGGCACCGCAUCACUUCAAUUCGCUGGACUAUCGUGAACGCAACCAAACGCACUAUAAGCAUGGACAGGGUGGCCAGGGCGGCCAUCAGCCGCACUACCGCGAACCCACGAAUGCACAACGCACCAAUACAUUGGAUCGACGCAGCGCCGGCGCGGCCACAUCGAAUGCAACCGGUUGUAUGGGUGAUUACAAUCAAAUUAGUCCGCACUACUUGCAGACCUUCGACAGUCUCGAUCCCUAUGGUGUGGCCAAUUUACAUUUGUAUCGCAGUCAAUCUAAGUCGCAGAUUUAUGGGCGUGGCAGCACUGCAAGCGGUAGCGGCAGCGGCAGUAAUGAUGGUUCCACACAGGAUGCUGUGCUCUAUCAUAGCAAUAGCACAUUAAAUCAAUACCAACAACAGCAGCAACAGCACAGCGAACAGCAUUAUCAAAGUGGCAAUGGUCCGCAGUGUUCGCAGAAUCAGCCGCAGCAUCAUCAUCAUAGUUUGAAGCAUAGCAAAAGUGGCGGCAGCAGCAAAACGCAUAAGAGUAAGACUAGCGCACACCAGCAGCAACAACAUUUGACACAACAACAACAAUUAAAACCGACCAAAUCGCGCAGCAGUCGCUCGCUGCAACAACAGCAGCAACCACAAUCGUCAGCCACCGAAAAGUCUGGCAAAAUGAAUCGUAGCGGCGGUAAGGAGCGCAAACACAACAACAACUGCAAUGCCAGCAGUAAUACAACGCAAAUAAAUAAUAUCAGCAAAGCCAAUUCGAUGACCAGUCAAUAUUCGAGCUCCAGCGAGAGCAUGCAAUGCGAUAAUAAUUACUAUUAAAUCAUUGCCACUGCAUAUACAUAUGUAUGUCUGUCAAACCAGCUAUGUCCCCAAAGCGUGCACAAGCACUUAUUAACUAAUGUACGCACAUGUGUACAUACUUUUAUGUAUAUGUAUAUUUGAGCUGUGUUGCAUAACGCGCCAUUUGUGUGGAAUACGUCACCGGUGAAUCAUUGAAUUGAAGUACAUCCAAUCAUAUUUACGUUGCACAUACAUACACACACACUCACACAUGUAUACCUGCACAUACUUAACAACACUGGCACGCAAACGUGACAUCCAUCCGGUGCAACAUUGAACUUUCUUUUUAAAGCACAAUCCAGUCUCACAUAAAACAACAACAACCACAAAAGCCACAUUCGAUGGCGAACUGCUUUGGCAACAAGAAGCGACGGAAUUUAUAGAAC